AUGGAGAUGAUUUUCAAUCUGACAGCCAAAAAGCUAAUUAGUCAUGAUGCUGAAACCUCUUCAGAAAAUCUAAGGGAGAAUUUUGUUGCUUUCAUUAAGGGAUUAAUCUCCUUCCCUUUGGACAUUCCUGGUACAGCAUACCACGAAUGUUUACAGGGAAGAAAGAAGGCAAUGAAGAUGCUGAAAAAUAUGCUACAAGAGAGAAGAAUGAUGCCCAGAAAACAGAACACCGACUUUUAUGAUUAUGUCUUAGUGGAACUGGCAAAGGAGGAAACACUACUAACAGAGGGAAUUGCUUUGGACUUGAUGUUUGUGCUUCUCUUUGCUAGCUUUGAGACAACCUCCUUGGCUUUAACCGUAGCCUUAAAAUAUCUCUCAGAUUAUCCUCUGGUGCUACAAAAACUAACGGAAGAGCAUGAGGCGAUUUUAAAGAAGCGUGAAAAUCCUGAUUCUCACCUUACAUGGAGUGAAUACAAAUCAAUGACAUUCACUUUUCAGUUUAUCAAUGAAACAGUUAGGCUGGCAAAUAUAGUUCCAGGAAUAUUUAGAAAAGCAUUGAAAGAUGUCAGCUACAAGGGUUACACCAUUCCAGCUGGUUGGGGUGUCAUGGUCUGUCCUCCAGCUGUACACUUAAACCCUGCUAAAUAUGAAAAUCCCCUUGACUUUAAUCCAUCGAGAUGGGAGGGAGGAGAAAUAAAUGGUGUAUCCAAACAUUUCAUGGCUUUCGGUGGAGGCAUGAGAUUUUGUGUUGGGACAGAUUUUACCAAGGUGCAAAUGGUUGUAUUUCUACACUGCUUGGUUACAAAGUGGAAUCCAGUAAAAGGAGGGAACAUAGUUCGGACCCCUGGCUUACAGUUUCCAGAUGGAUUUCAUGUUCAAUUGUCUGAGAAAAGAAUUCCCAAAUUGAUGAAAUUUGACCUAAAAAUCCAACAUUUUACUCCAAAAAGAAAGAAACGAGAUAAACAAACUCACACUGUGGAUGCCGGAGGCGUUAAGGGCGGCAAAGAAGGCGGUAGCGGCGGCUCAAACGAAGAGAGAGGCGACCCCGAGUUCCCUGGCGGGCAUAAAAUUGGAAUCUCCGACGAAGCCUUUCUUGCAAGAUCUAAUCCCCCACCCUAA